UGUUAUUCUCCGUUUAUUCCAAGUAGCUGCAUUAUCUAAAUCACUCAACUCCAGUUUUGGGCUUUCUCCAAGUUUUCACAACGCCCCCUCUCCGGCUGUUAUGAACAAAACAGCGACGGCGACUCCAAGUUGAUUCCAGCGCGGCUCCAGUUUUUGUCGUCCCUGUCGCCGGAGAGGAUGGCUCUACAGGCGGGGAAUGUCAGCGUGCUGUCCAAGGAGGUGUCUCCCGGCUGCGCGGAGCUGGGGAACCUCACCAUGGAAGUUACUGACUAUAAUAUCAGCUGCAAGAAUGUCUCAGUCCUCCCCAGAGCCAGCAGAGGUGUCAAAGAAAUGGACUCUUUCCGCAUCCUGCUCUACUCGCUCAUCUUCCUGCUCAGCGUCUUCGGGAACCUGCUGAUCAUCGUGGUCCUGGUGCUGAACAAGCGCAUGCGCACCGUCACCAACUCCUUCCUGCUGUCGCUGGCGGUCAGCGACCUCAUGAUGGCCGUGUUCUGCAUGCCCUUCACCCUCAUCCCCAACAUCAUGGAGGACUUCAUCUUCGGAGCAACCAUGUGCAAGACUGUCACCUACUUCAUGGGGAUCUCCGUUAGCAUCUCCACCUUUAGCCUUGUGGCCAUCGCCAUCGAGAGAUACAGCGCCAUCUGUAACCCGCUGAAGUCUCGCUCGUGGCAGACCCGCUCCCACGCCUACCGCGUCAUCGCCGCCACGUGGGUGGUGUCGCUAAUAAUCAUGGUGCCCUACCCGGUGUUCAGUGCCAUCAAGACAUUCCCGAAAAACAAUGGUACUGUUGGCCACAUGUGUCGCCUGGAUUGGCCAAGCAGGGCCUCUGAGCAGACGUGGUAUGUGCUGCUGCUGUUCACUCUGUUCUUCAUCCCGGGAGUUGUGAUGAUUGUAGCCUAUGGUCUGAUCUCCAGAGAGCUCUUCCGAGGCAUUCACUUUGAGCUGGGACAGAACAGAGAGAGCACCCCCGCCGCCCAGAAGAACGGUGUAGGAAAGACGGCUGCCGCAUCCAACGAUGACGACGACGGCUGCUACAUCCAGGUGUCUAAAAAACCCACCGCCGCUGUGGAGCUCCCCACCCUCUCCGCCGCCCAGGUCAAAAGUGAGCGCGCCCGGAGCAACACCUCGGAGGCCAAGCUGCAGGCCAAGAGGCGAGUCAUCCGCAUGCUGAUGGUGAUCGUGGCGCUCUUCUUCAUCUGCUGGAUGCCGCUGUACUCGGCCAACACCUGGAAGGCGUUCGACCUGAAGUCAGCCUCCAAAGCCCUCUCAGGGGCCCCUAUCUCCUUCAUCCACCUGCUGUCCUACUCCUCCGCCUGUGUCAACCCCAUCAUUUACUGCUUCAUGAACAUGCGGUUCCGCAAAGCCCUGCUGUCCACCUUUGCCUGCUGCUGCCGCAACCGGCUCUGUCGCUGGUGGUGCAAGAAGAAGGAGGGAGGGGAAGACGGCAUCAACGCCACCUCCAUGGGCACGUCCAUGGCUACCUCCAUGUCUAAAUGUAGCUACACCACUGUUUGCACCACCGGCACCUGAUGAGCCUCAAGCAAAGCGGGGUGUUUGCAUCAGUGGGUGUCAGGGGGCAGGGGUUACCGUGUGCACCAUCUGUUUUCUUCAAUCUCCAUCUUAAUAUGGUAUGAGUCAUUCGAUGAGUAAUAUCCCUGCCCUGGUUUAUGAAGCCGCUUCGAAAAGGUCUCCUUCAUGUUCUGCGUGCAUGGUUGCAGAAUGUGAGGCCAUUCGGUUUAGUGACAUUAUUUUUCUUGCGUUUAAUCAGCAGCAUCCGCUUUAUUGCAUCCCGAGGAGAACAUCAAGUGCCUGUGCUCUCUGUGUGGCUUCGUUUGUCCUGGUAGUUUGUUCACUGGCUGACAAACAAUAUAGCGUCGUUAAAAAAUGUGAAUCCUGUGUUCUUGUUAAGACUGUCUUUAUGUUUCUUACUGUGCCAAAGGUAGAUUAGUGACGGAGACAUACUGUUGAACAAGGAGGACUCAUUACCUCAGUAAUGAAUAAGUAUGGAUUUCAGUUCCUUUUGUGUUUAAUGUGGCUCGACCUUUAGUCAUAACAUCUAUCGCAGUUAUCAGAAUUAUUCCACUAAAGGCCAGUUGUGUGGGAUCUUAGUAAUCAGUCUAUUAUACCAAACAAUGUCAAAAGGGAACAGUGGGUGCAUUUUAUUCUAGACACACUUCUUGCUUGGCUCUGACUUUUUGCAUUUUGCUCUUAUUGAGUUAUGUUUCAUCACUUCUUGUGUGUACAGCAUAUUUCCUGCUUACAUCAAAAUUUGCUGCACCGCUGCUCGAUUCAGUUUGAUAAGGAAGUUUCAUCUUGACGAUGAACAUCUAAAGACUGUAAUCCAGCCUUUUUUUUGGCACGGCAUAAAUGAAAAUGUUUAGAAUAUAGCAAUCUUCUUCUUGCGUUGCUCCACCCUGCAGCAUGGAGCGUCAAACUAAAGUCUCCUGUUGCUACAAAUGUCUGUUGAAUACUGAUGAAGACAUUACCUGCAGGAUUUGUGUUGCUAGAGAAAGGCGCACAUAGUGAAUCUAUGAAAGGUUGAUUGCACUUGCCAGUUGCUCCAGUCUGCCCCUGCUUCACAUGGCACGGAGUACUGCUUAAGUCAAACUCACCUUUUCUGCUCAAUUAUCUCAGCGGCCUCUUUUAUGUGGCAGCUCUGCGUUCCGCUGCAGUGCUGCCAAUUACGCUGAACAUUACCUAAGUACAAAGAGCCCGUCUCCAGGCUCAGACUAACGAGGUGUUUCUCAGGGACCCUCUCCUCUCCUGCAGUGCAAAACUCGUGGCUCGACUUGAGAAAAACUGAUGACUAGCCCCUCUGACAGUGCACAUCGGAGCCCUUCAAAUCGUUAAUGACAACAACAACAACAACAAUAAACAUAGUUAGCAUCUUUCAUUGGAGAAAAGACCUCAACCUGAGCUACUGUAGAGUUGAAAAGAGCUGUUUGUCAAUAAUAGAAAUGCAGCGAUUACAAUAAAAGCCUUAAAGGCAAAUGAGGGUUCAACACAGCAGCUGGUUAGCUUAGCUUAGCACAAAGACCUUGCUGCUGAAUGAAGCAUUUGAAUAACAUGGAUAUUUAAAGUAAGAUUAAGCUUACACUUGUUUUGUAUCAUGAUUGUCUUGGUUCAUCAGUGAGCCGUUCAUAUUAUUUUAAUGACAGGUUAUGCUUCUCUUGAUGCUCAUUACAUCAUUUAUGAAUCCAGUCAAUUCUGCCAAAACAUGGCCAUGAUACUGUUGAGUACUUUAACGUUGUAUUUAUAUAUGAAGAAGACUCUGAAUGUUACCAGUUAGCCUCUACAAUAUCUGGAUUUGUGUUGAACAGAUACUUUUGUCCUACAUAAUGUUGUUUGACUGCUGUUGUUUCAUCACUUUUAAGUUUGCUCCUCUUUUUCAUGUCCUCCAUCGCCUAGCACUCACGUCCCUGCAGCCCCCACCUAACCAUCCACCCACCACUCUCCUGUUUAUCCCCGUCAGCGCAGAGGCGUAUAAAUACCUCAAUGGCAAUGGAGUGUGGGUGACAGCUUAGAUUAGCGGGUGCCAGCGCUGUCCAAGAGCAGUUUACAGGCCGUGGCAGAGGUGGCAAUUGGGCAAUUGCCACUCAAAAGUCCUACAUGAAGGCUGACUGUAAACACCUCAUCUGGCGGCUCCACUCUCUGUGCACAUUCGUAAUUAAAGCAGGACGCAAUUUGCAUAUCAUUGUGACCCAACCUUUGCAAAUUAAGUCAGGAUUGUUUUUGCGAUUGCACUUUCACUUUCCAUAAUUUCUUUAUUUAUUUACAGGUAUGUUUGUGUUACAAAUUGGAGCCUCUAGUUUAUUGAAUAAGGAUCUUGUAGCUGAGUAAAAAUAACCAAAUAAGCUUCUUGUCCAGAGUAAUUUCUUUGCCUGUAGAUUCAUACUUUCACAAAGUGAAUCUCAGAGCAUUAUGGAUGUGCAUAAACCUUCGGGUAACCUUGCUCACCUAAAGUUAUGCUAAAAGCUCCCCGAGAGGCAGAGAUUUGCUCUGGAAAAUGAACUGUUUUUGUUGAAUAUUAUAUCUGUUUUUAUAUUCACCUCGGCAGGCCAGCAGUUUAUGAAUUAUUAAAACGCUGCUCGCCUCUGUCCAAAGUUUAAGAAAGAACGCCUUGCUUUCCUCAGCUUAAUAACUUACGUGUGAUAUCUUGUUCGUAAUAACGCAAGUUGGAGUAAGAAAAAAGUGGAAAAUAUGAUUUGAGUUUAUCAGACUUUAAAAAUGGUGCAAUUAACCCCCCAGUCCAACCCACUGCUCCGUACCAUGUUUUCAGAAAUGGUUAAAGUAUUCCAGAUCCUUACAUUUUUUUUAAUCACUUCAUGAUGAUUGUAGUAUUUUAUGCUGUUAUUUAAUAUGUCUAAUUAUUCCUUUAUGGCUAUAUGGAGCCCCUCCACCCCCCUGGGUCAGUACUGUAAACAUAUCUAUGAAAAGCAGGCUACAGAAAUAUUUUUUACCAAGUUAGUUUACAGACUCCUAGAAAAACAAGAUAAAAAUGCCACUUCAGGGGUGAGGAAUGGAAUCCGUACCCUGUCCCCAGAACAGUGCCUGAUGCAAAUUGAAAGUGAAAUGAGACGGAGGCACGGGAGCGCAGCCGCUUCCUCUCUCAUCUCCUCCUCCCUCAACAAGAAUCCCAUUAGGCGCUCCAGGCGGCACAAGGAAAACAAAAAAAAACACUUUACGAAAAACACAACAUGUGGAACAAUUUGUGACCGUCUUGUCUGAAGAAGUGACGGCAUAAAAUACAAACUGUAGCGUCAUAUUUCAUAAAUGUCACUUUUCUGGAAAUCGGCUCCUCCGCUUGUUCUAUAAGCUGCUCAUUAUCAUUGUGCCCGUCCAUGUACACACUGAAGAAGUACACACUCGGCUCGGGCCUCAAACAAACUGCUUUUCUUCAUUCCUGAAAAGUGUUUGCUGCCGGUAGACAAAUCUCUCAUAAGUAAAUUAGAAGAAAUUGUUUCUCAAUUAUUUAUAAUGGCUUUCCGGGGAACGGCUGCCAGUAAAAUGCGCCUCUGCUGGAUUUGUAUUUUUGUUCUUCUUGAAUGAUUUCUGUAGUUUUACCUCAGGCACAGAAUGAGGCGUUUUCUGUUUGGUUUACAGGUUUUGCACCUGAGAAACAUAGCUGAUGCCCGCAUUUGUUUCCAUGUUUUACUCAGCCUUACAGAGUACCUCCUUGUUGGAAAAAAAGGGGAAAUGUGUCUUUGGUAGCUUUCCUUUCUCCAUUUACUUUACGGGAAGAUUGGAGUUGUUUCUAACACCUUUUGAGGAAGAGUGUGAACUCGUAUGUCUCGGCCAAACGUAAGAAAGAGGUGAUGAAAUCGUAUUUAUGGCGUUGGAAAUCCUGCCCUGAUGGUGAAAGCUGUCUGUGUUUGUGCGUCUACGUGCGCUACAUGUUUACCAAAGCAGUCUCUGCUGAAUACCUUUUACAUGUUGCCACAUCUGGUGCCUGCUCGUGCUACAUAGUGAUACUAUAAUACGUGUAAAUGUCUGUGAGCGGAUCUAAAUGUGAGGUUAUCGAUGUUUGUGAUGUUUUGCUUUCACUGUAUAUCCAGUAUGAUAUAGUUCUUGUGGUUACUGGCUACAUGUGCAGUAUUUUCAUGCCAAAUGUCCAUUAUUUAACUAAAUAAAU